CUCAGAAUUGUUCGGAUUUCUCCACGAACCAUGGGGAGCAUCAUGGAGUCGGCGGCCAACUUUGUCGAGUAUGUGAGCAAGUCAACGUUCCGCAUCAGAGUCCUCGCCACAGCCCAAGUCGCAGUGUUUGUGUUCCUGCAGGUGCUCCUUGCUACCAACGUGUAUGGCCCAGCACUCGACCAUAACCUCGCAACAACCGCCAUCUUGCCGAUACCCGAUGCUCGGUAUGGCUACGACGCGCAAGACCUAUUUGAGCUGUAUGCAUGGAUGGGUCCUGCCGUGCGCCAGCAAUACGUGUACUUUGAACUCGUGGACUUGUUUGUGUUCAUUCCAACAUACGUUCACUUCUUGACGCUGCUCCUCCUACUCGUCCACCGCCGCCUCGGGCCCCACGAGCCGUUGAUCAUCUACCUGCCCUUCCUAGCCGCGAUCUUCGACACGUUCGAAAAUGCCGCGCAUAUCUACACGGCGCAAACGUUCGAACCGAACAAGUCGAUGCAGAAAGAGACGUGGAUCUUGGCUGCGCACGUAGGAUCGAUCUCGAACAUCCUGAAAUGGGGCGGCAUCGGUGCCGUGUCGAUGCUUCUAUGCUGGAACUUUGGCAAAGUGACCAUGAAGCCCCUCGAGACCGAUCUAGACGCCGCCAAGAAGGCGCAGUAAUGAUAUUUUAUGUGGCAAAUUGUGUCGUUUAAGGCUAUUUACACGCUUCCUGCGACUCUACACUUACAUCGUGAACCAUCAUCGUCAACAAAUUCACAAUCAUCGACGGAGUUACCUCGCACAGUCGCUUUGGCUUGG